UUGUUUCUUCUCAUAUAGACUCUCAGACUCAGACUCAGACUCCGACUCAGACCUAAUUUUAUUUUAUUUUUGUCUUUUGGCAUUCUCUCUCUCUGAAAUUUUCACUUCCAAUUAGAAAAUGGCUGGCUCGAGCUCAAGCUUCGCGGCUCUGAUGCUCACUGCAUUGUUGAUCGGCUCGACCGUGGCUCAAUCUCCGGCGUCAUCUCCAGCUUCAUCGCCGACGAAAUCUCCUCCUUCAUCUACUCCACCUCCGGCGUCUGCUCCAACUAUCUCUCCUCCAUCUCCGUCUACGAAGCCACCUGUCUCUUCGCUUUCACCUUCGUCGACUACUACUUCUCCACCGGCGACUACUCCGUCGCCUUCCAUUGCGAUCUCUCCGCCGUCUCCAACUCCGUCUUCGUCGUCAUCGUCUCCAUCUCCGGUCGCUACUCCUACCUCCAUCUCAAAUCCACCAUCCGAAGCUCCUGCUCCGUCGCAGAAUGGCGCCGUUCUCAACAGAUUCGCUAUCUCCGGAUCGGUCGCAGUCGCUCUCUGCGCCGUCGUUUUAGCCAUGUAGAAUUUUGAGUGUGUGUGUGUGGAUCGGAUCUUUUGAUGUUUUGCUGCUGAGAGUGAAUAAUCUUUAGUGUCUUGUUAACCAUUUUUAUUUUUAUUUUUUCAAUUUUCUUCUUUCUUUUUUAUUUUCCUUUUUAUGCAGUAUCAAAAACAUCAUGUUUAACUUUCCUUGAUUAUUCUUCAUAGUUUCUCUUUAUAAUUUAAAUAUAAUAUUUAUAAUUUCGAA